GCUUUGAAUGUCAAACAGUGCGGUUGUCUCUUUUCGGUACUCGUAAAUUUACACCAGCAAAGCCAGACAUACAUAAAUUGGAAUUCAUACUUUCAAUAAGCAUAAAUACCCAAAAUUUAUUUAAAGUAAUCUCAAACGUAACGGCAAAUUGAUAUUUUUACGAAAUAGCAAAACUAAAAUAUACAAAAUUCACUAAAAAAAAAAUUAAAUUUUUUUCGAGCAAUUUUGUAGCUUAGUACUUAAAAACGCAUUACCGUUGCGUUAUUGCUAUGUAAUUUACUUGUAAUUAAAAGUUAUUUAAAACGGAAUUUUGUAGUUAAACAAAGACUGUUCGAAUCGUAUAACGAUAGCAUACUUAGUAAGCGCGCUUAGCAUAGUUAGUUUGGAAGUUUCUGGAACACAGUUUGAGAAGCAUUUGAAAAAGUUGUAAAGUCGUGCGGUCGUGUGUUUUUGAAACCGUGCUUUUAUGUACUUAAGUCAACACGCACAAACGGAGUUACGACACACAUACACACACUUAAGGCUCGUGAUUAUACGAAAGCAAGAGAGUAUAAUAAAUAGCAAAAAAGCAGAAACGAAGCCGCUUCACCACUAGUGCAACAAAAACAACAGCCCAAGGUCAUUGCAGAAUCUCGAGACGUAAGAUUUUCGGAUAUAAUUUAAGUUUCACGGGAUCGUGUAACGAGAAGUCGAGAUCAUGAGUUUCCACAAGAGUGACUCACGCACGCCGCUGGCGCCCACGUCAUAUACCAAAAUCCCGACAGUAUCGGCGAGCUAUGACAACGAGACGCACACCGGUUCGAGGAGUAGCGCGAUCAACUCGAGUCAACCAAAAUUCAUACGUCCGGAUAUGGUUGAUGUGCCGGCACAACAGGCCGCCGGAUCCACGUUGCCAUUGGUGUUGACGCGUAAAAAAGGCGAUGAGGAGGAUGUCAAUUAUAAUCCGUUCGAGCACCGGAAAGUCGAUCACCCGACCUCCGAUAUGGAGACCUUCGUGCAUCUGCUGAAGGGUUCACUCGGCUCCGGCAUACUUGCCAUGCCGAUGGCCUUCAUGAAUGCUGGUCUGUGGUUGGGCUUAAUCGCCACCUUUGCGGUGGGUACACUUUGCACCUACUGUGUGCAUAUACUCGUCAAAUGCGCGCACAUUCUCUGUCGGCGGCGUAAAAUACCGAUGAUGGGUUUCGCCGAUGUGGCCGAACAAGCCUUCCUCGACGGACCGCCCGGUUUGAAUCGCUGGUCUCGUUUCAUCCGUUUCAUGGUAAAUGUCUUCCUUGUCAUCGAUUUGAUUGGCUGCUGUUGCAUUUAUCUGGUGUUCGUCGGCACAAAUGUCAAGGCGGUGCUGGAUGAAUAUAUGGACGAACCAUUGAAUAUCCGCGUAUGGAUUGUGAUCGUUACCUGCCCAUUGUUGGUAAUGUGCCUGGUGCGUAAUCUGAAGUAUCUCACACCCUUCUCGAUGAUCGCCAAUAUUUUGAUGUUUGUUGGCAUUGUGAUUACAUUCUACUAUGUAUUCGAUGAUUUGCCUGCACCAUCGGAACGCGAGGGCAUUGUGAAUGUCGUGCAGUGGCCACUCUUCUUCGGCACUGUCAUCUUCGCGUUGGAAGGUAUUGGUGUAGUUAUGUCGUUGGAGAACGACAUGAAGAACCCUACACAUUUCAUUGGUUGCCCAUCGGUGUUGAAUUUCGGUAUGGGUGUUGUGAUUUCGCUGUACACUUUGGUCGGAUUCUUUGGUUACUUGAAGUAUGGCUCGAAGACCCAAGGCAGCAUUACGUUGAAUUUGCCGGCAGAAGACAAAUUGGCUCAGUCUGUCAAGCUUAUGAUUGCCAUUGCGAUCUUCUUCACAUUUACAUUGCAGUUCUAUGUGCCGGUGAGCAUCAUUUGGAAGGGCAUUUCGCAUAAGAUCUCCGAGGAGCGCAAAAAUAUUAGCGAAUACGCGCUGCGUAUUGCUUUGGUGAUCCUUUGCGGCGCCAUUGCCGUUGCGUUACCCAAUUUGGGUCCCUUCAUCUCACUUAUCGGUGCUGUGUGCCUGAGUACGCUCGGCAUGAUCAUACCAUCGGUCAUCGAAUUGGCUGUGUACCAUGAGGAUCCCGGCUAUGGCCGCUUCAAGUGGCGCCUAUGGAAGGAUAUCGGACUGAUUAUCUUCGGCAUUGUGGGCUUCGUAACCGGCUUAUACGUAAGCAUACUCGAGUUCCAUGCCGAAUUCAGUGGUGGCCAUAUUGGUGAAAAUGCCUCAUAAUUGAAGCAUUCGUGAGUGACCUGCAGUAUCACAAAGUAACAAAAACAAAAACACAAAAAAAAUAUAAAUUUAAUUAUGCAAGAUAAUAAUAAUCUAAUAUACAUACAUAUAUAUAUAUACAUAAAUACAUAUGCAUAUAGCGUUAGUGAUGUAGUUUAGUAGGAAGCGUAAACAAAAAACAAAAAAUGAAAAAAAAUACAAUAACAACAAUAAAUGCAGCUUUAUGUCGAUGCGCGCGCGUAUUUUGCAUAUCGAACAGUAAUUUUAACCAAACCAAACCAAAACAAAUGAACAGUUAACACAAUUCGUAGAACUAAUUGUAAUUAGUAAGCAAACACA